AUGUCGCAACCAACAAAGAUAAAGGCCGUCUUCUUUGAUUUCAUGGGCACAUGUCUCAACUGGCAUAGCAGCGUUGUUCAAGCUUUACCCUCCGCCAUCCCAGAAGCCGAGGCAUCGAAGUUCGCUCUCGAAUGGCGACGACAAUACUUCAUCUCCAACAGUGAACGGCUUGCUCAAAAGCUCGAGCCUGAAGAUAUCGACGACACACUGCUUCGCGUACUAGAUUCUAUUCUCGACCAGUCGCCUAAUUACAAGUCGUACUUUGACGCACAAGCUAAGAAGCGACUGAUCAACGCUUGGCACUCGCAACCAGCCUGGCCGGAAGUCAAAGAAGCAAUCGACACUAUCCGCAACGAUCUCGGUCUCGAAGUUUUCGUGCACGCCAAUGGCACUACCCGCCUCCAGCUGGACCUGACGCGAUUCUCCGGGCUCAAUUUUAACAUGCUCUUCUCAAGUCAACUGCUGGGUACCUAUAAGCCUGAUCCAGAGGCGUACAACAAGGCCCUACGACUCGUCAAGCUCAAACCUGAGGAAGUUGUCCUGGUGGCAGCCCACGCGUAUGAUCUGAGAGGGGCUCAGAAUGUGGGGAUCAAGACGAUUUACAUCCAUCGCUGGACGGAUGAUGUUGAUGAGGAUAUGGACCAGGUCAGAGGGGAGUUUGGUGCUUUUCUGGAGGGGAUGGAGGAGUUGCCUGCUACGAUUCGCAAGAUGCAGAGUUAG